CAGGUUUCACCGAGGGGGAAACAAGAUCCUCAUUGAGCUUUGUCUUUGACAACAUCCCCUCGCUGAAAGACAUAUCUCUCUGGCACACAGACACGUGAGGCGGCGAAAUUAAUAACGCUACUUUAUUAUAUUGCAAACGUAAGAAGCGAGGUGAUAAACCUCUUAAAAAAUGCUCCAGUCUCUAGCCAGCAAUUCUUGCGUGCGUUUGAUACAGAAUCACAAAUCGACGUGGUAUUUUGCGUCUUUGGUGUUGGGGUAUCUGCUCUAUCUCGUCUUCGGCGCCGUCGUCUUCUCCUCGGUCGAGCUGCCGUAUGAAGACGCCCUGCGCCAGGACCUGAGGGCCCUCAAGACACAGUUCCUCCAGGACAACGACUGUCUCUCCGAGGAGCGUCUGGAGCAGUUUCUGAAGAAAGCGCUGGAGGCCAGUAAUUAUGGGGUGUCCAUUCUCAAUAACGCCUCGGCCAACUGGAACUGGGACUUCACGUCUGCGCUGUUUUUCGCCAGCACCGUGCUGUCCACCACAGGAUACGGACACACAGCGCCACUGUCGGACGGCGGGAAGGCCUUCUGCAUUAUUUACUCAGUGAUCGGAAUCCCCUUCACCCUCCUCUUCCUCACUGCCGUGGUUCAGAGGAUCAUGGUGUUCAGCACGCGCAGGCCCAUCAUGUACAUCCACACGCGCUGGGGCCUGUCCAAGCCGCUGGUGGCCAUCGUCCACGCCUCCCUGCUCGCCACCGUCGCCGUCUCCUGCUUCUUCCUCAUCCCCGCCGCCAUCUUCUCAGCGCUGGAGCAGAACUGGAACUUCCUGGAGUCCUUCUACUUCUGCUUCAUUUCUCUCAGCACCAUCGGCCUGGGUGACUACGUACCCGGAGAGGCCGUCAAUCAGAAGUUCAGGGAGCUCUACAAACUGGGCAUCACCGUCUACCUGAUCCUGGGCCUGAUAGUCAUGCUGGUGGUGCUGGAGACCUUCUGCGAGCUGCAGCAGCUGAAGCAGCUGAGGAAGAUGUUCUACCUGAAGAAAGAGAAGCCUCAGGACCGGCUGGCCAUCCUGGAGCACGACCAGCUGUCCUUCACCACUGUGUCCAACAGAAGCUCAGACAAACUCGAGGACAAAACCCAGCCGUUUGUUAGCGUCCAAACUCUGGGCUCUCCCAACGACGAUCCCAUGAUCCAGUAGACAGAACGCCCUGUUAAAGGAUAAAAAAUAUGGAAGUAGGCGGCUAAUGCACACAAGACUAGAGGUAGAGUAGAUCACAGCUGUAGGCAUUCUGCACCUCUCAGCCCUGCAAAUGUUAGUAGAAAACUGGCUGAGACGACUCAGAUCAAGCAAACAAUCUCUUUUAUUGAACCACAAUACUGACGAAAUAGUGUUAAGCAGAAGAUUUUAAAUGUAUGUACUUUUAAAAAACGGAUACAAUUAAUAUUUAAACAGUGGCUAUAAAUACAGAGUCAAUAAUUAAAGAAAAAUCUGCUGUAUGAGUCAGAGAAGCUGAGCACCUUUAAGAGCUGCAUUAUUUAUUGCAUAUUUAGGAAUAUUGGUCUCUUAAAAUGUAGUCAAAGUACAAGAUAAAUAAUGUACAAGAUAAUUCGCUGUCAAAAUAAUAGUACAUAUACAUGUAUGUAUCUUAUAAAUAGAGAUGCUUGGCAGUUAUGUGGGAUGUACAUAACCAGGUAAAUGUUUCAAGUGUACAGAAUAGUGACGCCUUGAAUUAUCACACCUUUUACAGAUGAGCUGAAGUGCAGCCAAAACAAAACAAACAAAAAAAUGCUAUAAUUUGAGCUCAACUUUAGUUGCUCUAGUGGAAUGUGUCAUGACAUUCAUUAUUUGAAAGUUUACUGCAAACUAAUCAAGUUUGUUUGCUGGGUAAGCUGUGCAGUACUUUAUUGCAUUCCUUGCAGCUGAAGUGGCUCCUAUUGAUUUAAAAGUUUCACGGCUGAUUUUUUUUGUUUUUUGCAUAACAAGGAUUGCAAAUCUACAGGGUAGAUAGGAAAGCUGGACGAAAUUAAAAUAAAAGUUUAAAAGGAAGAAGAUGUGCCAGGAAGAAGAAAAAAAAUCACUACAUGUAGGUUUUUACUAUGUUUUGCAGCAUUUUCAGCUCAUCUUUACUGAGGUGUUAACUGUUCUUGUUGCACUCCACAUCGUCACAUUUCAUUGUGAGGGGGAAAAAAAAAAAAUCAUUUUCUCACGUUGCUGCGGUUUUCCAAAGCUGGUCAUGUGUGAAGCACUAUAAUUUAUUGAUCCGUCUGACUUAAUGUGUGCGGGACCGUGUGAAAAGGGAAGUGGGGUUAGCCCAGUUCAAAAAGGGAACUACGGAGGACUGGCUUUUUCCAUUUUUAUUUUACUGUCAGUGAAGGGAGCUCAGUUUGCACAUUGACUGGAGCUAAAAAAAAAAAAAAAAAAAAGAAUAAAAUGCUAGAGUUAACAGUCCAUCCGAGAAAACUGUUGAUAUUUUUACUGAAAAGACUUUUAUUGUGAAAGAUCCGCAAAAGCUUGACACUUAACUCUAAGCUUGACAGGAGUUUAACAGGAACUAUUUUAGAAUGUAGAAAUGUAUAUUUUUCAAUAUGACAUGCUGAAAGUUUACAGAAAUUUCGUUAUCAAUCAAUGGCAGUAAUUCUCCAAUGGAAAUGGUCCAUUAGGGGGGAAAAAAAAAACAAGACAUUCAAGCAGCAGGUUCACAAAAUAUACAGCAUUUAAACAUCAGUCCAUCAGUUUUUACCUCGAGGAAAAAUGCUCUGUCAAAAGUAAAAAAUUCCUGUCGUUAUCUGUCCUCUAACUACACAAACAAUGUAAUAUAAUGAUGUAACUAGUUAGUAGGUUUAAAUAAUAGAACAACGUCCAUUCCUGAUGAAUUAUGAUACAGUUCUGACCUCAUCAUUCACCACAUCAAGACAAAGUCGCAGCCUUUCACAGAGUCUUGAAUGUAAUGUUUUUAACGCUUUUUGCUACGGUCAGUGCGCAGCAUCACUCCCCGCUGCUCCGCUGGCUCCGGUUUAGCUGCGACCAGUUUGAACGAAUAAGCGGAUCGCGACGAGCUUUUUACUGUGUCACCGUCCACGUCGCUCGCCCGUCUUUAAUAACGUGUCGUUUCCCUUUCUUGUUUUACCAGUCUGGGCCUUCGUGUGAACUGUAAAGCAUCUGUCUGUCUCAUGAGACGAAUGAGAACCUUUGCAAGUUUGCAAACUUGAAUUUUCUCUUUUACUGUACGACGUUUCACUGUUGUUGUAGAUACGUUAAAUAGAUUGAUGUCAGUGCUUUCAUCUCACGGCGUUACUGUUUUUGUUGUUUUCGGCAGUGUUUGUCAUCGUGCACAUACAGUUUGUCAUGAAGGUAGCUUUAGUUUUGUUCAGAGAAUAGACACUGUGUAAAGGAUGACAAAUGGAAGCACGUUGACAUUUAUUUAUGCAGCAGAAACUUGACAUUUUUUGUACAUAUUCAUGCGUUUCAGUUGUUCUGCUGGAUUACUGUAGAUUCACAAGCACAGUGAAGUAUUUAAGUGUUACAAUGCCGGUAUUGUAAUACACGAUUGCCAUUGAGUACACCGUUUUUCUGUGAAAUCAUGACAUACAUGAACUGUAAAAAUAUCCGUGUCUUGAAUAAAAGUGUUGGUUUAUUA